UGUAACCCGCCUCAAGGCGCCCAACCUCACCAAAUGGCCCGAGGCCGCCUCUUCAACGCCACUUUCGGGUGGGCCCGCACCUACUUCCAGCGCCACCGCGGCACCGCCUCCGCGCCCCUCUUUGUCUCCCUCGGCACCCUCAAGGCCAUCGUCGCCUGCCACCUCCUCUGGGAGCACGGCAUCUCCUUCGGCGGCGCCGCGGGGAGCUCCAUGCUCCCCACCUUUUCCGUCUACGGCGACUAUCUCCUCGUGUCCAAGUACUACCGCCGCGGCCGCGACCUCCACGUCGGCGACCUCGUCUUCUACGACAUUCCCAUCUUCCGCCGCGCCCAGGGCGUCAAGCGCAUCAUGGGCCUGCCGGGCGAUUACGUCCUCCAUGGCGACCCGGAUACGGGUUCGCAGGUUAUGAUUCAGGUACCCCAAGGCCACUGCUGGAUAACAGGCGACAACCUCGAAUCGUCGCGGGAUUCUAGAGUCUUCGGCCCCCUUCCCCUCGCUCUCGUCAGGGGUAAAGUUUUAGCUAAAAUCUGGCCCCCGCAGGAGGCGCAUUGGAUUCGCAAUGGCUUGGAGGACUCCAAGAGCUCGGAGAAUGACAGCGUGGCUUUAUCAUCUUGAUGAUGGCAAACCCCACGAGACGACUGCAGCAAUACCGGCCUUCUCAAAGACUACCAUUUCUGAGAGAUCCACUAAACCGAGGGCUGCCGUCAUUGCAUAUUGUAUUACUAUAUCAUGUACACUACGAAUCAACCGUCAUAUCACUUUGGCCCCCCACGAUACCUAGGUAGGUAGACAAACGGCGGCAUAACCUGU